AUGGUUGACGAACUAAUUCAAGAAGAAAAGUUGAAUCGCUGUCACGGCUGUGCUAUUCAGCACCCAAGUCAAAGACAACAUUCGUGUGUUAUGAUGGGUAAAGAGGAUUCUUGGUUGUACUACCGGGAAGAUGUGGUGGAAAAAAUUGACCUGAAUGCCGUCCUGAACAAUGUUGAAAGAGUGUGUAAGGCUCUUGGUUUCAAGCUUGGUCAGUCAUGGAAAGUGUACGUCAGCGAGCUACCAAAGAUGCCUUGGACCAGCAUAUUUCUAGCUUCACUUGAGGUAGAUGGUUUUGAUGGUGAUAUUAAGAGUCGUGUCUUGCGCGCUAUACAUGACGGACCUAAUGGCCUAAUGGAGUGAGGUGACUAAAGCGAAUGAAACUAAAGUGUAGGAUACUUUAUAUGGUAAUGAUGGUAAAAAUGGUAAAAAUGGAUGUUUAAAUUUCAAGUGGGAGAUCGUGUUAGUAUCAGCAAAGUGAAGCGAAUGUUUGAAAAAUCUUACCUGCCUAAUUUCACGGAAGAAAUGUUUACUGUAUACGAACGAAUGGUGCGUCAAGUACCCGUUUACAAACUAAAGGAUGAUGCAGGUGAAAUCUUAGAUGGAACGUUUUAUGAACCCGAAUUACAGAAAAUAAUUAAGAACGAUGAUGUGUACCGCGUUGAAAAGAUUUUGCGCAAGCGAAAGCGUAAAGGAGUAGUUGAAUACUUUUUAAAAUGGAAAGGGUACCCAGACAAGUUUAAUAGCUGGAUAGCAGAGAGUAAUAUCUCAAAGUUGUGACAUUUUGUGUGAAGCCAAUAAAAGGGUUAUUUUAACUGAAAACAAAUGUUGUUGUGUAUAGUUAUAAAUUAUGAACGCCAGGAAUAAAUGUUCAUUUGAACACACGAAACGAUGGAGGUAACACAGUUCUACCUGCAUCUUCCAAGCAAUAGUAGCCUCGAUAAGUUUCCCAACAACACAUUAACGGAGUACCAUGUUGGUUUACCUCAAACCGUUAGCUUGACGGGGGACUGGGAAGUAGCGUUAACAGAAAUUCAUUAUCCUCACAGCUGGAAUAAUGUCCAAGGAAAUUUUGGUAAUCGAUUCUUCCUUCGGAACCAAGAAUUGUCCGGAGUAUGGGAGGUCCUAAUUAUACCACCGGGUCAUUAUUCUUCCAUUGAAGAUAUCUUAUCAAAGAUGAAAGGGCUGAUCGAGAAUGUAAAGCGUUUCAAUAACGAUGUAACAUUUUCCUACGAUACGUUCACUAGAAAGGUGACUGUUCACCUACAAAAUAACGUAGAACUUUUCUUUGGUAACAUUGGAUUCCUGCUGGGAUUUUCACCAGAAGAAAUUAUUUCUAAUACCUCUACCGCUGAAAGACAAGUGGAUUUGGAGUACGGCUUUCACGACCUUUUAAUUUACUGUGAUAUUAUUCAGUCACAAUAUGUUGGAGAUGCAUUGGCACCUUUGCUUCGAAUUGUUCCUGUAGAAGGAAAGGUCGGGGAGCGAGUCAGUAAAUCAUUUUUGCACCCCCAAUAUUUACCUGUCAGCAGAAAGCAAUUUGAAACCGUCGAAGUCGAUAUAAACACAGACACAGGCGAGUCUGUACCAUUUGAGUUUGGGAGAGUGCUGUUAACACUUCAUUUUCGUCAAAGUGCACCUCAGUACUUUUAAGAUGA